CGGUAAUUGGCACAUUGUCUGAAAUAAUUAAUAAAUAUCCACAAAUUACCAUUCGAUAUGAAUAUGGAGAGUGCAAACGAUGCUAUAGAACCAAAUGAUGAUACUCGCUCGGAGUUGGUGUGCCAAACACAAAACGAAGAAAAAGCGAGCAUCGAGGAUGCUAUUGAUGUGUCGCAUGGAACCGUGGAUGGAAUUCAUGUAUCGGCGGAUGAGCAUAAAUCUGAAAGCGAUAACUUGCAGGACGCGCACGAGAACGAGCUGCCCGAGAGCAAAUCGCCAGAUUUAGAAAGUGGCGACUCCAGUUGCGACUCCACUGACUACAGUGAGACUGAUGACUCUGAAGAGGAGGAUAGCGACGACUCAAAUGAUGCGGGACCCGUGUACACAGGGCAGCACAAAAACUAUGAAGACUUCUUCGAAGGCAGUGCCUUGUUUUUGCGCAAGAAAAUCGUGAAAUAUGCCAUUUUCGCACCGGAUGAGGUUUACCAGGACUACAAGCAGAUGUUUGCGGGUAUGCAGAAGAUAGUUGAGGAUGUGCCCAACGCAUACAAAUAUGAAAUAUCCUCGUUGCUGUACCCCAUUUUGGUGUUGGGAUACCUGCGAAUGGUUAUCGGCGGCAAUUGCCAAAUGGCCAAGGAGUUUUUGGCCGAGAACGAAGAUUACUUGGAGGAUAUCUACGAUCGCAGCAUCGCUAAGCUCAAGCAUAUCCGCAGGCCAAGGCAUGUGUCGGCCCGGGCUCGCGAACUGAUCAUUGGCCACGACGUUGUUCUCCUUGAAAUGCCCAGAGAAACACUCAGGGAGCUAUUGGAAAACAUUUCAAAUUGGCAGUUGGCCUACCAGGAGUUGUUCAUGGGCCACUUUGUCAUCGAUGGCUUCUAUAAGGACAGCCCGCGCUGCAAGCGUCCACCACUGAGUCGUCCCCCACUAGAGGACAUCUGCUGGGCCGUUCGGACUAACGCUUCCAACCAUAUUCUGCAACCGGAUCGGCGUAAUCUGGAGAUUAGGUCGUGCUUCCUCAAUCCUCCCAUGAUCCACGAAACGGAUGGAGUUGUUUGUGGGAUCUGCACACAGGACGGAUGCUAUGUGGCCAUGACAACCCAGGAAAACUCCAUCUUCCUCUGUUCGGUGGAGCUGGACCGAAACAUAACCAUACUGAAAGUUCUCACCGGGCACAAGGGCAUAGUCUACACCGGCGAUAUUUCCCCGGACAAACGCUUCUUGAUCACCUGCUCGCAGGAUGGCACCAUGCGCCUGUGGUGCUUGGUAGUUGGUGUUUGUACGGCAGUCUAUGAUCAAAUAAGUCCCGUACGCAGCGUCGUGUUUGCGCCAGUGGAAUACUUGUUUGCCACUGCUUCCGAGGAUGGCGUUGCACGCGUCUGGAUGAAGACCUGUGACGAUGCCAUCAUGCAGAUAUCCGGCCAUCUGGCAGAGCUGGAUGUUUGCAUCUUUCAUCCGAAUUCACGGUAUCUGGCCACCGGUUCAGCUGAUCGCACGGUGCGCAUGUGGGACGUCGCCAACAAGGGAGAACAGGUGCGCCUCUUCUAUGGCCAUUAUAAGGCCAUCACCGCACUGGCCUUCUCACGAGGCGGCCGCUACUUGGUCUCCGGCGGCCAAGACUCUUUGUUCGUCAUCUGGGACACGACCAACGAGAGGGCACUCCGGAGAGUGCUCCACCACACGGCAACGAUUAACACGAUCGAUUUCGCCAUGGACGACCAUCGCCUGGCGGUGGGCUGCCAGGACACCUAUCUCAGCGUCUGGAACUUUGACAACAUCCUCAAAUCGGAAGAGACGCUUGGUCUACCCACACUGGUUCUCUCGCAUCCAAACACAGGUGGGCCCAUCUAUAAAACUCGCUUCGUGGGCCACGGCGUUUUGAUAUCCAUAAUCAAUCGGUCGUUAAACAACCCAAAUGAAAACAAAAUUGCAAGCAAAACUGAAAGCGUUAACAAA